UGUCUAUGAAGCGAAAAGAUGCUUUUAUCCGGAGGAUGCGUGACCUGGAACAACUUCCCGCCAUGCUGAGUAAAGCAUGCAGGUUUGGAGAGCGGUCCGAGAAAACCUUGGGGUUUCUGGUGUACUCCGAGGGUGAAGCCGACAACUUCAGGUUUUACCUCGAGAAACGAACACCUGUACAUUCCCGAUCGAAUUCUACACUCAACAGGAAGCGAAGAGCAGAACUUACUGCAAAAGCCAGAGAACGAAAACGGAUUUCUGCUGCUGUCAGUCGCUUUAUGCCUCUUUUGGAUAAAUACGACACAAACCUUGAUGGACAGAUCAACCACCAGGAAUUUAAAGAUAUAUACGAUCACUUUUCUGAAGAGGACAGACAUACACUAUUUGUUGAUCUGGAUGGAUCCAAUGCCGUAUUCAAACGGUUAGACAAAAAUGGAAAUGGACAGGUGACGUUCCAGGGAAUAAUACGAUAUAUAGAAGGGAGAGGUCUGGCUGUCAAUCAGAGAUACCUGGGAUACAAACGGCAGGACGUCACGAGCAUCGUGUCCUUCGCUUCCUCAAUAUUUGGCACUAUGCUUCUAAACCUCAAACGGCUACACAUGGAGUAUGAUGACCUUGGGCGUACUGUUGGUAUAAACACGGGGCACAUUGAAACUGCAGACUUCGACCUUGAAGAAGAAGACAUCAUCUUUUUGUUGGAUCAAGGAAGAAACACAACCAUCGAUUUUCUAAAAAUGUAUGCAGCAAAGGAAAACGAGAAAUAAGCUAGGACGUUCAUACUAGGAAACACGUGUCAAUGUGGUAGACUUAUAUCAUACGUUACCUCUCACGGGAUACGUAUAGUUAAUGAAAUAUACUAAUAUCAAGUAUCACAUAUCACGGAUUACGUAUAGUUAAUAAAAUAGACUAAUAUCAAGUAUUACAUAUCACGGGAUACGUUUAGUUAAUGAAAUAGACUAAUAUCAAGUAUUCCAUAUCGCGGGAUAUGUACAGUUAAUCAAAUAGACUAAUAUCAAGUAUCACAUAUCACGGAUUACGUGUAGUUAAUAAAAUAGACUGAAUUACAUAUCACGGGAUAUGUACAGUUAAUCAAAUAGACUAAUUCCAGGUAUAACAUAUCAAUGGAUAUGU